AACACUCGGUCAUUAUAGGACCGUCAGGAGAUAUUGGCCUGUACCUACUCCUUCCUGCUGGCUUCAGGGCGUAUCAGAGACAUAUGUCCCCUCAAGGAUUGUUCCUUGAUGUUGCACUGGACGGCCGGGCUCGAUACGGCGUAUGCUGUCAGUGGCCCUGAAACCCAACAGAAGAACAACAACAACUCGGUCAUUAUGAGUUUCUUCACUUGCAAGGUCACUAGUCUUCUUAAAACUGGAGCAAUAUGUGGCUGUAAAAGGAACUAUGCUACAGUCUCUCCCUCACACCUGGAGGCAGGAUAUUUUAAACCACAGAGAGUGCUCAUUCUAACAAAGCUUUCAAGAUAUGAAUUUGAGAAGCGUCGUCACCCAGAACUGACUGAGCGUCAACUAGAAAAAUGUCUCCAAACAAGAGGUUCAGACUAUAAUAUACUUUUGUAUCAUCAUUACAUUCAUAAGGGUGUCGAGAAUACGGUUAACAGUGUCUUCACUGCUGCUGGCAUUGAGACAAGAACUGUAUAUCGGUUUGACUACUCCGAUCCCAAUAUUAAUUGGGCUGAUGUUAUCGUAACAACAGGUGGUGAUGGGACAUACUUACUCGCAGCUUCCAAAAUUUUAGACAGAAACAAACCUCUUAUUGGGUUUAACUCUGAUCCAACAAGAUCAAAAGGACAAUUGUGUCUCCCACAAAAAUAUUCUGUUGAUGUCAAAGAGGCUCUUGACAAGCUGUUGAAGGGAAAAUUCCGAUGGACCUUCAGAAGCAGAAUUCGUGUCACUCUAAUUGGUGAUGACAUUUAUAAACCACCUGUGGAGCUUCAUGCCCAGCAGCUCCACUACCAUGAGUACAGGUACCUGGAUAUGGAGCCUCACUUACGGACAUUAAAGGAUGAUGUACCUCUGUGCAGUGAGACUGGCAUGGCAAGGAGAGUACUUCCAGUCUUGGCUCUUAAUGAGGGUCAUCCUGCCUUGGUGGGAGAUGGCCAGUAUGUUGAAAAACAAAAGAAUUAUAACAAGAGCCACCUUGAGAAAAAUAAAAAUUAAUACUUAUACUUUUUUGGCCCACCCUAUUGUAUAUACAGUUCUGUAUAGUAUAUAACAUAUAUGUAUGCCCUUUAUUUUUCCUUUGCAUGUGUACAGUUAAAAUAUUUCACAUGACACCAGUCAUAAACUUACCUGUUGCAUAACAAACUUAUAUGAAUGAAAUUUCAACUUAUAUUUUAUGGUACAGUAUAAAAGAUUGUAUACUGUAUGUAAUAUAAUUUUGCUAGAUGUCUAAAAUUCUCCCAAGUUAUUACUAACUAAAAUACCUAAUGUAAUAGGUUUUCUGCAUUAUUAACUAGUGCUUCUCUCGUCUUGCAGGAGUCACAGAAUUUAUUGAAAAAAUUAAGUUUCAUAUGUAUCAGACAAAUAGUAAUGUAUUUUAAAAUUGCAGUCGGCUAUUUACUCAAGUGUCAGUAAUCGACUUGCAAUGACAAAGUUUUUGUGUGUGUGUUUUUGAUGCUCUACAGUUCUGUAAAAAAAAAAAAUAAUUAAAAACUUUUGAGUUUAAGGGUUAAUGUGAAAACUGUGAGCUGUGUAAAUUUUUUUUACCAAAAACUUGAUAUUCAGGCAAACUUGACUUUUUAUUGAAUAAGAAUACUAGCAUGGAAUUUUUGAAAUCUGAAUUAUAGAAGCCAAAAUGGCAGACUUCUUUGAAUAAUUUAAUAUACACUGUAUAUAAAAUAUAUGCUCUUUGUUUUAUCAUACAAUUUAAUGCUUUACAUGACUUGCAUUGACAAUACAAGUGCAUCAUAAUAGUCUGUACUACUAAACGAGCUUGUGUAGUUGUUGACAGCCUCAUCAACAUUAAUAUCUAUGCACUGCCACGUUAUCAAGUAUUUUGUGUCAGUGUUUAUAUUGGCUCUUCACUAUUGUACUGCUUCUUAAUUAGCUAUGUGUCCUCCCUGUAUUAGGAAAUAACUCGAUUCAUGAAGAAAUGGCCAUAGGUCUUUUCAGAUUUUCUGUGGCUCCAUUACCUUUUGAACUACGUACUCUAUAAGAAGUAUCAAGGAGUGCGAUAAUUUCAGCUCUAAACCCUGAUAAAAAAAAAGGCUUUAAAGCACUAUUUUUAAUGCACAAACAAUACACAUUAAAUAUUUUGAGGAAAAAUCAGAUUUAUUUUAAUAUAAAUACAUUAUUAAAUCUUUGAGUCACCUCUUCAUGAAAAAUAUAUACUGCAUUAAAAAUGUGUUCUAAGGAUGUUUUAGAACAGAGUUUAGAUGUUGAC